UCCAUUCACCGAUUUACGUUAAUCUACAACUGUAAAAUGGCACUUCCUAUUCUGUUCUUUGUUUUAAGUUCAGUCUUGUGUGACGCGAAUGCAACUUAUACCACCAAAUACGAUAACAUCGAUAUUGAUGAAGUGAUUAAAAACGAAAGGUUGGUAAAGAGGUACGUUGAGUGUCUUUUGGAAACCGGAGCUUGUACACCAGACGGAUUGGAAUUGAGAAAUAAUAUGCCCGAUGCUAUCGCUACAAAUUGUGCAAGUUGUUCUGAAAAACAGAAGGAAGGUUCUGAGAAAUUCAUCGCAUUUUUAAUUGAUGAAAAACCGGAAUAUUGGAAUCCGCUUCAAUUAAAAUAUGAUCCAAGUGGAGAAUAUACCCGAAAAUAUAUGGAGAAUAAAAAUAACGGAGUUGCGAAUAAUUCUUCUAAUCAAAGCAGUUCUGAAUCCGAAGAUAAUUAUUCGAUUUACCACACCAAGAUGAAGUCCAUCACAUUCUCAAUUAUUUUUAUUAUUGUUUUAACAUUACAUUACGUUGAGCUUAUUCCUGCUGAUGGCGAAGGAAUUUUUUUAAAUAAAUAUAAUGUUGAUGUUGAUCAAAUAUUAAAAAGUCAAAGGUUAUUUCUAAACUAUGUCAAUUGUAUUUUGGAUAAAGCACCUUGUACUCAAGAAGGAAAAACUUUAAAAGAACAAAUUCCGAUUGCUAUGAAAACUGAAUGUGCUCAAUGUAGUGCGGAAGAGAAGAAACAAGUCGGGAAAAUUUUAUCAUAUAUUUUACAGUAUCAUAGACCUUUAUGGGACCAACUUAUGAAUAAAUAUGAUACAGAUGGUUCUUUUAGAAAGAAGUAUGAGUAUGAGGAUGAGGAUGGGGAUGAUUAA